UCCUAAAGAUUUACUGGAAAGCAAAACAAAACUGAGUUUAUUAGUAGCCAUAUAAGACAGAUCUAUAUAAUAACACAAGUUCGGCGAGUAACCACAUCAGUAGAAGACCUGACAACACGGAAAAGUCGCAAUAUACGCCCAGGUUGCUCAUGCUCGUAGUUCUGUUGUGCAUUUCUGUAGGUCAUGCCCUGCCUUCGAGGGAUAUGGAAAAAUUUCGUAAUCCGGAUGUGGAAACAGCAGGAGCUUACAGGGAGAAAUCCCAGCAGAACCCCGAGGAACUGGGUAACUACUUCGAAGGUGAUAUAUUGCUCCCAAUGGGCUUCAAGAAUGCCCGCAAUGGCAUAAUUGCGCUGACUUCCCGCUGGCCGGGUGGCGUUGUGCCCUACGAUAGAGGUGACUUUACAACCCACGACUUGGACAAAUUAAAUAGUGCAAUAAAGGCAUACCACAAAUAUACCUGCGUGCGUUUUAGGCCUAGGAUCGCUGAAGAGGAUUACAUCGCGUUUACAUCGAAAACGUUGGGAUGUUAUAGCUAUGUCGGACGUUUGGGUGGUCGCCAGGAAUUGAAUCUGCAGUCACCCGACUGCCUGAAAGUCGGUGUUCCGCUCCACGAGAUGAUGCACGUUCUGGGCUUUUUUCACGAACAGAACCGUCCCGAGCGCAAUUCCUAUGUCCAGGUGAUAAGUGACAACAUUAAACCAGGGAAUAUGCAAAACUUCGCGUUAUACAAACCCGGCAUACUGACCGGAUUCGGCGUGAAGUACGACUACAGCAGCGUGAUGCACUACUCUGCCACAAGCUUCAAGAAUGGCGAGCCCACAAUUGUGGCAUUGCACGACACUCCCGAGUCCAAGCUGAUGGGUCAACGAGAAGGUUUCGCUGCCGGAGAUAUGCGUAAGAUCAACGCUAUGUACAAAUGCAAGGUUCGAGCUACGUCGAAGAUUCGAAGACCAUGA